AUGUGUGGGUUUUCCGAAGAGGAAAAUAUAGUUCGGCUGCAGAAGAGCCUAAAAGGCAAAGCCUACGAAGCUGUAAAGAGCCUUCUGAUGCAUCCCGAAAAUGUUCCGGGCAUUCUGUCCACCCUGAAGAUGUUAUUUGGGCAACCUGAGGUAAUUGUUCAAUCGCUAAUCGAUAAAGUGAGUGGUCUUCCAGCGGUUUGCGAGGAAAAGCUGUACACGCUAGUCGAUUUCGCUGUUCAUGUACAAAACUUCUGUGCUACAGUAGACGCUUGUGGACUGCAUGAGUACAUGUACAACGUCUCUCUACUUCAUCAGCUAGUUGGUAAGCUGCCAUCCUCGCUCAAACUAAAUUGGGCACAGCAUCGAUUGACGGUGCCUACGGCCAACCUGGCGACCUUUAGUUCGUGGGUAUAUGCUUUAGCAGAGGCCGCAAGUAUUGUCACCUUUCCAUCGAAAGUUCAGCUUGAAAAGUGUUCCCGAAGUGAUACUCGUGGAACCAAAAAAGGAAAUGCGUACCUCAACGCUCAUUCCGAGGCAUCUUCCGAAGAAAGUAGCGAGAAUCCAUUGAAAGAGAAUCCCACAGCAAAGCAAAUGCCGGUAAGACAAGUCUGCCCGAUCUGUAAAGAACAUUGCAAAUCUGCUGACAAAUGCAAGCGCUUCUUGGAACUCUCCAGAGAUUCACGCUGGGCUGCUAUCAGAGAGUUCGGAUUCUGUCGAACAUGCCUUAGAAUUCACAAAGGAAGCUGCAAUGCCAAGCCUUGUGGAAAAAACGGUUGCCUUUUCCGGCAUCAUGAGUUGCUGCACAAUGAUUCGAAACAGAAGUCGCAGACUGCUGAAACCGCGAACAGCGAGCAAAGCACUACACCCGCUCCUUCUUGUUCGGCUCCGUCAGGCUGCAAUAGCCAUAGGACAACAGCUACCUCGGUAUUGUUUCGCUACGUUCCAGUCGUUUUAUUUGGGAAAACAGAUGCAGUUCAAACCUACGCGUUCUUAGAUGAGGGCUCGGAACUCACCUUACUCGAUCAGGAGCUCGCCGAUAUACUACAGUUAGAUGGUGCGGAGCGUCCGUUAUGUCUUCGGUGGACUGGAGGAACUGAACGCUGUGAACCCAACUCUCGAGCCUACAACCUGCAAAUUUCCGGCAUCAAAAGGGGUAGCAGGCGGUUUGACCUGAACGAAGUAAGAACGGUGAAGGAUUUGAUGUUACCGCAACAGUCAUUAGACAUGAAAAAAUUAUCCGAACUGUAUCCACACCUUCAGGACUUGCCCAUCGAAUCGUACAAAGACGUUCGUCCACGUAUCCUUAUAGGAACGAAGCAUGCCCACCUCGGUCUCGUUAUGAAAAACCGCGAAGGGGAAUUUGGGCAGCCGAUCGCCGUUAAAUCACGGCUUGGAUGGACGAUCUGUGGAGGAGGAGGACUCGAUCGUGGAACUAAUCUUCAUCACUACAGUUUCCACAUUUGUCCAUGUAACAGCUCAUCAGAUGAUGAGCUACACGCGGCGAUUAAGAACUAUUUCUCUCUCGAUAGUCUCGGAAUAAGAAAAUCCGAUAAUCUGUCUCUAUCAGUGGAAGACCAGCGUGCUUUGUCUUUGCUUCAAACCCUUACCUGUUUGAAGGAUGAUCGGUAUGAAUCCGGUCUGCUCUGGCGGUAUAACGACACGCGCCUGCCCGAUAGUCGAUCUAUGGCACUGCGGAGAUACCAAUGCCUGAAGAAGCGAAUGGACAAAGAUACGGAACUACACACGAUUUUACAAGCCAAGAUAGCAGAGUAUUUGUCAAAGGGAUACAUCAGGAAGCUCAGUGGAGAAGAAAUCAAUCAGAAGGUUCCUCGGAGGUGGUAUCUACCAGUUUUCCCCGUAACCAAUCCAAAUAAACCUGGAAAGGUACGUAUAGUAUGGGAUGCUGCAGCCAGUGCUCACGGAAUAUCGCUCAACUCAGCUCUCUUACCAGGGCCGGACCUACUGUGUUCUCUUCUCACGAUCCUUCUGCAGUUCCGGGAGCGGCGAAUCGGUCUCACCGGUGAUAUUCGUGAAAUGUUUCACCAGAUACUGAUUCGACCAGAGGACCAAUUCAGCCAGUGCUUCUAUUGGGAAAACGACCGGGGAGAAAAUGAAGUGUACGCCAUGCAGGUCAUGACUUUUGGAGCCUGCUGUUCCCCUAGUACUGCUCAGUACGUAAAGAAUACAAACGCCGACCGUUUCGAGGAAGAUUAUCCAGCUGCACAUCAGGCUAUCACCAAGUCGCACUAUGUCGACGACAUGCUGGUUAGUGUUGACACCGAUGAGCAAGCCAUUCGGUUAGCUGAGGACGUGAAGCACGUACACGAACAGGGUGGGUUCGAGAUAAGAAACUGGAUCAGCAACUCGAGGACAGUUCUGGCAGCGCUACAAGGACCGGAAACCAACGAGAAAUGUCUUGACCUGGCCUCAGAAUUGGCUACUGAAAAAGUGUUGGGCAUGUGGUGGAACACAAUAGACGACGUGUUCACGUAUAAGGUUGGAUGGAACCGUUACGAUCCAGCUUUGCUUGGUGGUCAACGACGACCAACAAAAAGAGAAGUUCUUCGAGUAUUAAUGACCAUCUUCGACCCGCUAGGACUAAUCUCCCACUUCCUGUCGUAUCUGAAGAUUCUGCUUCAACAAAUUUGGCGGUCUGGCGUACAAUGGGAUGAAGAGAUCGACAGUGACGCAUUCGAUAAAUGGCUUACCUGGCUGAAAGUUCUUCCACGUGUAGAGCAAGUACGGAUUCCCAGAUGCUAUAACUCACAGUACCUCGUGAGUGAGGCCGACGAAGUACAGCUUCAUACUAUGGUGGAUGCCAGUGAAAACGGCACAGCAGCAGUAUGCUACCUGCGUUUCGUAAAAACUGCAUCAAUUCUUUGCUCUAUCGUUGCUGCCAAAAGCAGAGUUGCACCGCUUAAGUUCACAUCGAUACCAAGGCUGGAACUAGAAGCUGCUGUUAUCGGUGCACGCCUAGCGCGUACCGUCAUAGAAUCACUAACGAUUCGGAUUCAUAUGAAGUUUUUUUGGUCCGAUUCCAGAGAUGUCCUCUGCUGGAUCAAUUCGGACCACCGCCGCUACAGCCAAUACGUCGGACACAGGAUCAGCGAAAUUCUUGAAAUCUCCGAAGCACACGAGUGGCGAUGGAUACCGGGGAAGCAAAACCCCGCCGAUGACGCUACGAAGUGGAAUAGUCUACCAGAGUUGUCAUCAGAGAACAGGUGGUUCAAAGGAGCCAACUUUCUUUGGCGGUCCGAGGAAGAAUGGCCAAAAUUACCCAACAGAAAGGAUUCCACGGAGACCGAGUUGCGUCCUGCUCUACUAGUACACCAUGUUCCUUCGGAAUCAGUGAUCUCCUUCAAUAACUUCUCCAGUUGGAAGAGAUUACGUAAGGUCAUUGCAUAUGUUUAUCGGUUCGCAUAUAACUGCCGUAAAAAAUGUCUGGGACAAACGGCAGCCAUAGGUCCUCUUGAGACCAGCGAAUUAUCUACUGCCGAGUUCACACUGAUACGAAUUGCUCAAGGUGAGUCCUACCCUGACGAAAUAAUGCUGCUGCAACAACAAUCACGAGACAUCGAGUCAUCAACAAACAUCAUUCCGAAGACCAGUCCACUGUACCAGUUGACUCCAUGGUUGGACAGUAACGGAAUUCUGCGAAUGCGAACCCGUAUCGCUGCUUGUCACUACGCUACCAAUGACGCAAAGAACCCAAUAAUUCUCGCUCGCAAACACCACCUCACCAGCCUGAUCAUAUCAUAUUACCACCAGAAAUACCACCACCAAAACCAUGAAACGGUUAUUAACGAGAUCCGUCAAAGGUUUCGUAUUCCCCACUUGCGCACCUGCUACCAGCAAGUGCGAAGGAACUGUCAAAAGUGCAAGAACCAGCACACAAACCCCAAUCCACCAUACAUGGCCGAUCUUCCACCAGCCCGCCUAGCAGCCUUCUCACGACCGUUCACACAUGUCGGGGUGGACUAUUUCGGACCGAUAGAGGUCACCAUCGGAAGGAGAGUGGAGAAGCGAUGGGGAAUGUUAGCAACCUGUUUGACAGUACGAGCAAUCCAUAUAGAAAUUGUGCAUUCUCUAAGCUCAAACUCCUGCAUAAUGGCUCUCCGAAAUUUCAUUGCACGCCGUGGUUCCCCUCAAAAGAUCUAUAGCGAUCGCGGCACGAACUUCGUGGGUGCCAACCGAGAACUGAUGGAGGCGGAUGAAGUGAUCAGUCAGAACGAAGUUAUGCAAGAAUUUGGGAACCUUGGCAUCGAAUGGAUUUUCAAUCCACCUCUCGCCCCGCACAUGGGUGGAGCCUGGGAGCGGCUGAUCCGCACUGUAAAGAGCAACAUGAUGCAAGUGUGUACGUCGGCAAGACCGUCCGAUGAAGUGCUCAGGAACCUUCUGACAGAAGUCGAGAACAUCGUUAACUCGCGGCCCUUAACCCACGUCCCAAUCGAAGAGGAUUCGGCUCCAGCAUUAACGCCGAAUCACUUCCUGCUUGGCUCAUCUAAUGGGUCCAAACCACUUACCAACCUCGAUGACAGCAGCGCAGCGUUGAGGCAGAACUGGCUGACAUCGCAGAUUUUGGCCAAUCAGUACUGGAAGCGCUGGGUGUCUGACUACCUGCCAGAGAUAACCCGAAGAUCAAAAUGGUUUCAACAACGGAAGCCGAUUGCAGUAGGAGAUAUUGUAGUUAUUGCAGACCCAAAGAUGCCGCGCAACUGUUGGUUGAAAGGUAAGAUUAUCGGAACCAGAGUCAGUUCUGAUGGACAAGUUCGGUCGGCGACAGUGAGGACAGCAAACGGCGUCUAUGAUCGUCCAGCGACAAAGCUUGCAGUUUUGGACAUUCGGUGCGACAAAGAGUAG